UUCGCCCACUGUUCAGUCGGUGACAGAUCCGUCCAAAAAAAUUGAAGGACUAUUUUUUUCUAAACAGAAGUGCAGCGAAAAACUUCUUCGAUUCUCGGUCGGUUCCAAAUUCACUGGAGAAACGAUGGCGAACGUGAACCUAGCGUCGGUGGUGCUCCGCACUGCGCUGCGUGCAAAGAUUGGCACCCGCCAGUCCCACGACAUGAUCGCGCAGAAGAUCGGCAAGCGGGAGGUGGUCGGACACGGCUGGAACGGUCUGCCGGUGUACGCUGACCGCGUCGACUACCCGAUGCCGGCCAUCCGCUUCAAGGAAAACACCCGUGACGUCCUGGCUCUGCGCGAGAAGGAGAAGGGUGACUGGAAGAAGAUGUCGGUGCAGGAGAAGAAGGCCCUGUACCGGGCCUCGUUCUGCCAGACGUUCGCCGAGAUGAAGCACCCGACCGGCGAGUGGAAGGCGUGCCUCGGCGCCGCCCUGAUCGCCGCCUCCAUGAGCCUGAUCGGCAUGAUGCUGCUGAAGGCGUUCGUGUACGAACCGAUCCCGGAAACGUUCGACGAGGAGCACCAGAAGGCCCAGCUGAAGCGUAUGCUCGACCUCAACAUUAACCCGAUCCACGGCGUGUCGUCCAAGUGGGACUACGACAACAACAAGUGGAAGUAAAGCCCCGGGGUUUCGCAGGUGUGAAAGUAAUUAAAUUCCGUGAUUAUGGUGGUACCCCUCCUUCUCCCCCUUACCCUGGGCGAGUUCUGUGGACGCUUGUUGAGCUAAUAAAAUAUCAGUGAAGCCUCUAGGAUA